GUUGUCAUAUUCGUUGGGCCUUUUCAAGUUAUAGGUACACUAUGGAACUUAUGUCAAAAUGUACAAUUGUGUGGCUGUUCAUUGCCAUUGCUGUAGCAUUUAUACAAUCAGCAGUGUUCAAGUGCUGGAUGGAUAGUGGAAACUCAGUGAUUGAGUUUCAGUGCAAGGACACAGAGGCUGUUGGUACCAAGUGCCCUGUUGUUUGUUCAGCCCUGAACACAGACUGCUAUCUCUAUCAUGCCUCAAAAGAUCUUGUCAGGGUAACUGAAACAGAAGAUCAGAAAAUAGUACUCAAGCACAAAGACAUUCCCAUGUUAACCAAAGAGUAUACACAGUCUCUGCUGCCUGUGGACGAGGAGCCUCCAGAAGUCUUCCAAGAUAUGCUUCAGGGCUUGGUGGCUUUUGAACUCAACGGCAGGGACAAUCUGGAUAUUCUGUCUCUGCUCUGGCCCUGGCAUAACUCAUCCUCCAUCAUCACUGGGCAGAACAGCCAACUCUUGGAGCAGAUUGUCAGGUUUGCUCACAAUGAUGAGUACAAGCUAAUGCAGCUCUACAGUGAUCUCCAGCUUUUCCCUAGAGUACUUGGGACAUGUGGCGACAUCUAUGUAGUAGAACACAUGACUCUUCUGCUCGAUAGACCCCUGCUGGACCUUUUCCCAGCCCUAACGGACACGUGUCACGUGACACGCAGCGCCCGGCGCAUCCUCCACUACUUGCUCCACCUCUCUUCCGUCCUGCCUCUUCACCUCUGCGACCUGCAGUGGGGCCACUUCGGGGCUGACAGCGCGGGACGAGUCCGCUUCGUCGAUCUGGACGCCGCCUUCAGCGCGGAGAAGAUGGCCGCCACGCAGCGAGAGACGGUCUGCUCGACCGACGAGGACUGCGACUUUUUCGACUGUCGCGGCACGUGCGAUGUCGCCCAGGGCCGCUGCCUGGGCGGCGUCAGUGAUAACGUCAGCAACCUGUGCCGCCAGCUGGUGUGGGCGCGGGCGCCGCUGCUGGGCGCCCAGCGCCGGCUGGGACUGUUGGCAGCCGUGCUGAGCGAGCAGCAGGCGGAGCUGCUGGAGCGCUGCGCGCGCAGCCGGACGGCGGAGCACGCGCAGCAGGUGGCUGAGGUACUGGAGGAGCUGGAGCGGCGCACCUGUGCUGAGCCGGAGUGGGAGACGCGAGAUACCGAUACUGACGAGUUUUAAACUGUGAGUAGUAGAGGCGUUAUCGUACAGUGUGUUGACUGUUACCCGUGGCAGGCUCUUCGCUUGAUUCAGAGACUGAGUGAAGCUCCUUUACUGAGUGGGUGAAUAGUGACUGCAUGAUUCGCGAAAAGUUUGUCUGUCUUUGUGCUCGUUUGUACCGCUGUGUUCAAGGAAUGUGUCCAGAUCAUGAAAUAGUUCGAAAAAGUCUUAGUCUUCCAUUGCCUCAUGAUACUGGGGAACUUUUGUUGUCGAGACUUUUACAACUCACGAUCUCUGUGGUCUGCCGUAGCAUAGGUGAGCAAGCAUUGGCUAGUCCAACAUAAGUGUGAUAAUAUGUAGAUUCGAAGGAUUGUUGCCUUGAAAGGAAUAUGUGGCAUUAAGUGUUUGCCUUCAUGUUGUCGAACAGUCAUGCUCUAUUAUGGUCAAUACACUGAACAAAACAA